UUUUGAAACUUAGCCAAACAUGGUAUAAGAUUACUCCAUCGACCCUCUACAGUCGACACUCUCAUAGUGGGCUACAUAUAUAGUACAGAUUCCGGGCCCGUUUGCUAUUCAAAUCUCGGAUCUCCGCAAAAGAAAAUGGCGACACUGAGGAAUCUGAAGAUAAAAACAUCGACUUGCAGGAGAAUAGUGAAGGAGCUUCACUCCUACGAGAAGGAGGUCGAGAGAGAAGCCGCCAAGACAGCAGACAUGAAGGCCAAGAGCGCCGAUCCCUAUGACCUCAAACAGCAGGAGAAUGUGCUAGCUGAAUCAAGGAUGAUGAUUCCUGACUGCCACAAGCGCUUAGAGGCUGCUCUGGCUGACCUUAAAGCAACUCUGGUUGAAUUGGAAGAGCUGAACCAAAAGGAUGGCCCUGAAAUCGAAGAAGCGCGAACCAUCAUACCAGAAAUAGAACAGUUAUUUCAAUCUACAGAAGCUUAGUUUAUCUGCCCCUGCAAAACUAGCGUGUGGAACUUCUAUAACGAGUACUUAAUGUUUGCAACCCACAGACUCCUAUGGGUUUGGAACAUCUUCUAAAUUUCAGAUUUUUGUGCAUGUAGCAAAUUGUACUUGGAAUAUCUGAUCUUUUUUGUGAAUUAUGUGGAUUGAAAAUUAAAUCUGUGCAAAGAUCAGCUGAGAGUCAAUGACAUUGCUCAAGUUUAUGGUAGUGGUCUAUUUUGGUAGAAAGUUCAUUUUAGCUGUAGAAUGUUUUUUAGAGUGCUUUAAGGUUUCAACAUGUGAUGAAACGCUUGAUUUGAUGGUUUA